UCGACUGUCUCUGUAAAGUGUAAACUAUCGGUAAAGUGGAAGAAUAGAACAUGUGGUGUGAUGCUGGACAAUGAUUUUUAAACAUUAAAAAUCAUUUAAAUAAUAACUGUGCACAAUGGCGAAACUUUGUUCAUAUUACACCUUGUCUCCCUUAAUUGAUCAACAGAAUUUACUCGGUGUAGAAAAAGACUCGAGUCCAGGAUGUGCUGUAAUUACUCUCGGGAGAAAUAUCAUUAUGAGAUACAAGUUCAUUUACAGUUACAAGAUGUGAAACAAGUGAGCAGUUGGUCUACUAAAGAAAAGCUCACCAGCCAAGUGAUUUACGAUGAAACCAAAAAAAUAUAUGCGGCAGUAUUUAAUGAAAAAUAUAUUAGAGUUUGGUCGGAAGAAGAAACGGAACUUGACAAAGUAAAAAAAUGCAAAUUUUCCCAUCCACUUCACAGCAUUCUCACUCUCGACGGAUUUCCGCCUGUAGUAUUACUGCAAAACGGUAAUACUGCUUCGUUGAAGUGGGCCCUCAGUAAUAGACAAAAUUGGUCUUGCGAAGAGAUCUUAAAACCAAAAGAAAUUUUCCUAAAAUGUCAAAUGGUAAGCGUUAAUCACGAAACUUAUCUCUGCACACUCACGCAAAUAGAUAAUGCAUAUAACUACAUUUUAAUCCCACUUGAAGACGAAACAUACUUAAGGAAAGUUAAUCAACUAAAGCGAGUAGAAAUUAAACGGGAUUCUCAAACAUUAGUCGGGCAUGUAAUUAUGCAAGACAAAAACGACGCCUACCUGUUAACACUGUGGUCUGAUGGUAAAUUGUAUAGUUACUCUUUAAUCAGUUCAUCAUUGGAAAGUAGUCCUGGUGAACCAGUUAGCGUAAUCACAGCUGUAAAUACAAAAUAUCCCGUUGUAAUGAUAGCACUGAACGAAACGACUAUGGCCAUGUACGGUGCUGAUUCUCUGGAAGAAGGUGCCGUCCUAAUCAUUUACAACGUACAAUUCAAAUUAGUACAAGCUGUACAGAAACUGAAACUGUACACAAAUGACGCGAAAUUGUGGCGAGUAGAAGACAAAUUAUUAUUGGCUGCUAACCGAGAAUUGGCAGUUGCUCCAUUCCGUUUAGCACCGCAGAGAUUAGAGCCGAUGAUUGGUUCGUCUUUGAACUAUAAAAAUAUUAAGUCAGAUAUGAAAAGUGAUGUCACAGUGAUUCAAAAUAACGAUGCAAUUAUAACUCAAUGGCAGAAAAAGUCGCAGAGCUCUUUUAAUUUAUCUGAAGACGAUUUAGCAAAAUCAAUCAAUAAACAAAUUAAUAAUUUAAUUAAAGAGGGCAUGAGUAAUGCUUCGAUACCACAGAUAAUAAUACCACAGUUGAUUGAAUCUAGCGAUAUUCCGUCAAUAGUAUGGUGUCUGGAUAAUUUUCAAGAUUUACCAGAAAAACUUCUGGUUGACUUGUUGUCAUUCUAUUUGCUGAACUCGGACAAGUCGAAAAAGCCUUUAGAAAACGGAGAUGCCGCUAAGAAGCGGCGGAAAACUGUUGAAAUUCAAAACAACUUGUUAGAUAAGAUCCUCAGUGUCAGUUAUACUGAUAUUUAUUUAUUGUCAUACCUGAAAACGAAUUUGAGCUUUGAUGAAAUAUUAAGACUUUUUCACUAUCUCGUGGAAAAGCUAGAAAUUGAAGAAAAUUCGGGAGAUGUGUCGCUAAAAUCGGACUAUCUCCAACUUUAUCAAUGGACUAGUAUGUUACUGGAUUCUCAUUAUCAAGAAUAUCUCUUGGCUCAAGAUCCUAAAGUAUUGGAACAGUUGGAAAAACUCGGCGCCGUUUUAGAACAUCACUUUCAGUUACUGAAGGAUCUGGAGAAUUUUAGGCCGAUGCUGGUCAGAUUAAUCAACGGCAAACCCUUGAAACCUGCAACUCAAGAUUUCAACAAGUUUUACUCAAUAGAAGAAGUGAAGUUGUAUUAGAUUAAGUAACGAAAUCUUAAAAGGAACUUCCGAAAACCGACUCAAAUAUUUUUAAAUAAAUAAGACUGCUCUUAUCAUCAUCUCUUUUCUACUUCACGAGGUUACUUGCAAAAUGAUCUUUUAUUGUUUACAAAUUUGCAACUGACAUCUCCAGAUUCCCUCAAGUAUUGUACUAAAAAAUUCAAUUUUUUAAAUAAAAAGUUUAUUAAACCUAAGUCUGAUAAAAAUAUGAUUAGCCUAUUUAUUAACGCAAUCAGAAAUAUAUUAGUUGCACAUAUUUUAUACAAACUGCAGAAUAUAAGAGAAGAAUGCAGAAAAAAAAUGC